GCGUUAAACGUCAAAAUGUGCGAUUUUUGUAUUGGAUGUUGCUAAUACAAUUUAACAAUUGUGUGAUAUUUAUCGUGAUUACAAUUAAGGACGUUAUUCAGUCGACAUGCCAGAAGAAAAUAUUGCAAUGGAUCUCUAUGUGGUUUUAGACCUUUUAGAAGAUCGCACAUUAAAUAAGCCACUUGCAAGAAGUCAAAAUUACAGACAUUUCCAAAAGGCUUUAGAUAGUAACACGGAGAUGAGUAUUUUAAUGGUUGAUAGACUACUAGCUGUAUGCGUACAAGAUUUGCAAGAAGAUAAACAGUAUAGCCUUACAAUACUUAAGAUUAUCAAUGUAAUUUUGAAAAAGACUAAGCCUGGAGACCUCUCAACACUAAAUAAUCUUUUAACAUCAAUUUUAGAAGUUCUAAAUAUCAUAAAGACAACAGCUUUCCUGAAUAAUGUGGAAACCCUACAAGCAUUAACUUUUGAAACAGUGGUGUCUUAUCCAGAUUUUGUCCUUAUUGAUUUGGCUACACUGCAUGCAGAUGCAGUUAUGGAAGUUCUCAAUCUAUAUUGCCAUGAAAGAGUACCAUUGACAAUUCGAUGUUUACCUUGCCUUCUAGUAUAUAAAAUAUUACAAGUCUUACCCAAAGAGAAGAAAAUAAUAUUUUUGAAGUCCAAUCUAAGAAUUUGGUUUACAAAACUAAUACCCACUAUUAUGGGUAGUAUGGUAUCAGAGUCUAUAAGUGUAAAGCCCUUGGAGACAUUAGAAGCUUUGUCAGAUGGUUUGGUACACAUUGAUUAUGCUGAUGAUGUUCAUUGGCAUACCGUUUUGGAAUGCAUUUACAAUUCAAAGACAUAUCCACAGCUCAUGAAAAAUAUGUUACUUAAAGGAAGUAAAUGUUGGCAUAGAUUGUGGAUUGUAUUUAUUAAAUUACUAAAACAUCAAAUCACACGCAUCACAAAUCCUGGUGGAAGUCCAAUUAAUUCCAUGUUGCCAGUUGUUGAGACAGCAUUCAAAAUGGAUGUUGCAAACAGAUGCAGAGCUUUCCAAUGUUGGGAUAUUUUAAUUAGUAAUUUUCAUAAAGAAACAAAUGAAGCACACAUAGUUAAAAGACUGAGGCUACUAAUAAUACCACUAAAAUCUAAUAAUGCCAAAGUAGAGGAGACUAUCUUAGCCAAACUCAACACAUGGUGGCAUUUAUUGAGAUGUUUUCAUAAUAAAAUGGACAAGUUUAUAGAUGAGAUAUUAAUAUCGUUUUUACACUUUUGUUUUGGAAAACACAAUGCUCAGAACCAGCAGGCAUUAGUGCCUUGUCUCUUGACAGAUAAAACCAAGAAAAGGGCAGUAGAAGCGUUUAUAGAAAUUGCGGGCCACUUAAACUGUUCUGGUUGUGUUGACUUUCCAAAACUAAAUGGAAGAGUAGUGUCAAAAAAAAUACUUGUAGAUUAUUGGAAUGACUGGGUCCAUUCUCUCAAGGUGGCAAUAAAAAUUUGUACAGAAAAUGUUGGAGUAACAUUACAACAGACAAUAUGUUUAUUGAAAUUAUUUGUCCAGAUAAUUGGAGAGUUGCCUGAUAAUAACAUCAGAAGGGAUUUAUUUGAUGAAUUACUAGCAUCUAUAGAGACUAUGGCACAGGGUGGGUCUGCCAACUCAGAAAUCAAAAUCAGUUUGGUUUGUUCAUUAUUUGGAGAUGGCAAAGUCAAACCGCUCCUUAAAAAUAGAGCUGCACAAGAAGGACCAAUAUUUAAAAUUAUAAAAAUGCUAAUGGCACCGUCUCUAAAUGAAUACUACAGAAGCAAGCCUAUAAAGGAAGUUAUUACAAGGUUGAAGCCAUCUAUACAAUACAUUAUUAUUGAGACUUUAUGUACGCCAGAACAGAUAAUAAACUGGAUAUCAAUUUCUCGUUUUGCGAAAGAUAAUGUGUCUAUUUUAUGGACGGCUUUCUGUGAGGUAUUGCUUGAUAUGAAGUACAAUGAUCUGCCCAAUUUAGACAAAGUCUUACUUUGGCCAUGGAUGUGGGAGAAUUGUUUUAUUGACGCCACAUACUCUUCAUUUGUAUGGUACGAGUUAUUCGAAUUUUUGUAUCCUAAAGCAAUUGAUGCUAACGUCAAAUUAUCAAUAAUUCCGCUACUUUGGUCUAAUGAAGUUAAUAAUUCUAAUUUGCUGUUAAAAGUUUGUGGGGCUAUGGUGAUACUUAAAUAUGCAUUGGCACAGGAAAAAGAUUACGACAAAUCAGUUGAAUUAUUAAUGGAAACUACUAAUAGAAUAGAAAGCUACAAACAGAUAAAAAAUAUCGCAGAAUCAUUGAUAUGUAUCCUUAUUAGUGUUAUGGAGAAGCGUACAUGGAAAAUAAAGCUUGGGAAAAAUACGAUGAGGUGUGUCAGUAAUAUGAUAAAAUUAAUAACAAAUGAACUUCAACAAAACGAUGAUGUGGAACACUGUACAUCAUUACUUCAAAAUCUUUUAAAGGGGGUAGUAUUUUUUUUUAGCUUGUGUCAUAAGCAGCAAUCUUUUCUAAAUGUUAUUGCAGACGAAUUACUAAACCUAGUACCACUAGCCAAAAAACAAGAAAAAAUUAAAAUAUGUAUAUUGCCUAUUAUGAAGACAUGUUUUGCAAAUAUGAAAGAAGAUGGAACUGCAUAUUAUAACGAAAUUAAGACUGCCAUAGAUCAUAUGGAAUGUAAUGAUGAUUUAGCUAACAAAACUGUCGAAAAACAUAUUGAAACUAAUGAAAAAUUUACCACCCCAGAUGCCAAAAUUAUGACAAGAAAAGGUAAAAGAAAAGAAGCUAAUAUAGUGAAUACAGUUGUCGAAAAUGGAGAAGAGUUUAUUGUAGUGAAAUCAAAUUGGAAAUUUAACCCCCGAAAACUAACAGAGAACCAGAAAGAGAAGUUACAACGGAAAAGAGAAGAUAUUCCAGCUUUAUAUCAAGACCUGUCUCAAUCUCAAGAUGAGUUUAAACUGAUAUCAUGGAAAACCGAUUCACAAGAUUCGUCAUCUACUAAUAGCAAAUCUAGUUCAAUCAGUAAAUCGACGAAAGCAGAAGACAUUUCUAACAUUCUUAAAAACAUACCAAGUUCUGAGGUUGUUCCUAAAAUAUUAGAAAAUAAUUUCUCAGUUGCCCCAAAGGAACAAAGUGUGGAGGCUAAUACAACUGAAAAUUCUACCACUAAAGUAAUUGAUACCUUAAAACAGACAACGACACCAAAAGAUGCCAAAUCGCCUCGAAUGGCGUUAAAAGACAGAGUAUUUAGAAAUGUGAGAAACUUGAUUGAAAAAGCUGGAGUGCAGAAAGAUAAUAAAGAUUUAUCUGAAAGUUUGGUACAAAUUGAAAAUAUUCCGAAAACUCCUCCAUCAAAAUCAAAAGAUAACGAUAAUAGUGAUUUAAUUUAUUCGGCCCCAGCAAAAAUUAAUUCUGAAAGACCAUCUCGAGUAAAGAGGAAACCCAAAAAAUUCGACGAUACUGAAAUAUUUGCUUUAAAGCGAAGUCGCCGAACUUCAAGCCAAAGUGAAUCACAACAUGAAACUGAAAUAUCAGAUGAACCACUUGUUGCAGACAUUUCGCAAAAUAAUACCAAUGACAGCAAAUGUAAUACUUUGGCUGACAAUGAACUUGGUGAAAAAGUGCUGACAGAAUCCGUCAAUGACAAUGUAAAGAAUACGGUAUCAGAAAAUGAUAGAAAGUUGGAAGUUAGUCCGGAUAAGACAAGUAUUACUCCUCUCAUUAAAGGUACUUAUUCCAUUACAGAUGAUAAACUGAAUAAAAUGUUGCACAAACAUGAUGAAAGUACAGUUUGUGAGAAUAAUUUAACGGGUAAUUCAGAGAAUCCCAGUAAUGACACUGAAUUACUUAAAAUUGAAGAAAAUACAGAAGCAAAUCUUCUCCCGUCAGAUGAGCAAAAGGAGAUUAUUGUUCAGGAAAAUUGUUCCAAUAUAGAAACAGCUACACCUAAACCGAAUAAAAAACAAGAAAAUGGUGGUCAAAGAUCAUCUGCCAAAAAAGUUGGUGAUAAAAAAUCACGCAUAGAAAAAGAAUUAGCUAUCGAUACAGUGGAAGGACAUCCAUUCUUAAAAAUCAAAACUGAACGGCGUGUGACUAGGAAAGCUUUCGUGAACCCAUUAAAUAAUUCAAGACGUAAAAGCCUAACAGAAAAGUUAAAUAAAUCUAAAUCAGAUAAUAAAUUAAUAACUAAAGUGGCCAAUCCGAAAAAAAAAGAUAAAGAACGAGCGUCGACUGAAUCUGAAUCAAACUGUGAGUUGGAAAUGACUAAGGAAAGCCACAGCAAUGACACAGACACAUCAGAAGAUUUACCAUUGUCAGAAGAUAUUAUAGAGAGCUCACAAGAUUCGACAUUAACUACUAUAUCAGCAACAUCUACAAAGAGUGUAGUGAAAAAAGUGUCAGUAAUUAUAGAAAAAUGUCCAUUAAUAUCAUCUGAAAACGAUCCGCUGACCCGAUUAAAUAUUUUACAAAACGAUUUGGAAAUAUCUAAUAAAUCAUCAAUAAAUGAAAGAAGCGAUAAAUUUGGAAAGGACGAUGACAGUGUCUUACCUCAAAAUAAAACUGUUUCCCAAGACUUAGAUAAAGAUUCUACAGAAAAUAUGGACACAGAGCCAAUAGAUGACAAAACAAUAGAGCUGAAAGAUAAUUCGAACGAUGUUAUUAUAAUCAAUGAUGAAGAAUCACCUAUUGUGAUUAACACUGAAGAUAGUUCUGUGGGGUCUGAAACCCAAGAGAUUGCUGAGGCUGACACUCAACCCAUAGAUCCAAAACAUUUUAUGGAACACACAAAUUGUACAACCAAUACAUCAGAAAAGAACAUUCAUUCAGAAGGUGACCAAGAAGUUGCUAUUCAAAGCUGUAACUACAAUAUAGAGGCUAAUAAGGAGUGUUUAAUAACUGAAAACACUCAUAGCGACGUUACAAAAAGUAUAAGCGAAUCUAUAGAGGCUUCUUCUCAGGCCGAGGUUGAUGAUAAUACAGCUUCUUUGCCGUACAAAGACGAAGAACAAAGAAAGAAAGAUUUCCUCAAUAACACUUUAGAAAUAUCGCCAAUAAAAACAAUGAGUCCUGUAAGAGAAGAGAAGUCACCGUCACCGGAAACUAGCAAUGAUUAUGUCGUCAUACAAUUGUCGUCUCCUGUUCAAAGUAAUGGAGAGCCGUUUGAAAAAUGUGGUUCACCUGAAAUAUUUACUGAAGAUAAAGUAUCCCCCGAUAAAAGGGAUUUGUCGCCGCCAAGAGAGGAAACGAAUGUAAAUAAUAACAGUAGCCCUAGCUCCUCUUUAUCGCUUAAGAAAAAUAAAACUCAAGUAAGAUCUGGUGGAAGAGCUGCUCAAAUGUUGGGUCUUUGCGUCCCAGAUAGAAUACAGACUAUUAUUAAUUCCGAAAGAGUUGAAACAGAAGAACUCAAGAAAAGCAGUCCUUCCAAUACGCCAGCGAGAAGAAAUCUUAGAAUUUUAUAUAAUUCAGUCGGAGAGGCUAAUGAAAAUUGUGAAGGUAGUGAGGACAGUGAAAAUUUCUUAAAAUUUAAAAGGUCGCUGCCUACUUCUGACUGUAGUCCCUCGGGUCCAAUAUUAAAAAGAAAACUGGCAGAAAUAACUGACGAAGCUACUGUGACGCCAGCUUCCAAAAGAAAAAGAGUGAGUUUUCACGACCCCCCUGUUUCUACCACGGUAUCAGUGCAAAAGUAUAUUGAACCUUGUGGAAUAAGAUCUCCACAAAACUCUGCCCUUAAACGUCAAGAGAGACAAAACCUGCGUUCACAAACAACACUAAAGCCGCCUAAAAAGCUGGAUAAUGUAUUCAAGCUUGACUCUGUACUUACGAAAACUGUCGAAAGUUUUACUGAAAUAGAUCGAACUGGUACGGAUGACACACAAUCAAUGAGUCUAGAUGAUACUCCAGCAGUAGAGAUCAUAAAGAAUAGUGAUUUAAAUGACACGGAUCCUUUAUGCCCCGAGCUACUAGAUUGUACGGAUCCCAUUGACGUAAUUGCUUCUGAUUUAUCAUCACCAACAAUGAAAACUGUGUUUUUGAAAGAAUUGGAAGGAACACUUGCAACAGUUGGUGACCUAGCAAAAAUGACAGAACUCGAAGUUAACAGAUUGUGUAUAAAGGCGCCUAAAGUUAAAAUCGCUAAGAAGGUUUUAAACGAUUAUGCAUUGAAGAAAGCAUUUGAUCAAACUGGGCCAAGGGAAGUAAUAGUUAUCAACGAUGACUCGGAUAUAACUCCAGAGUUGAUGAUCCCAGCGAAAAUGGACAUUGAAACGCAGACAAAUGACAAGGUUGUGAAAAAUAGUGAUAUGCAGACGGAUACUAAUGUAUUGACGGCUGUUAGUGUACAGACAGAUGAAAUCAACACAUGCCAUAGGGAUGUUCAAACAGAAGAAAGUGGCAGUAAAUCUACUAAAGAUAUAAUUACGACAUGUAUAGCAGAGAAACCAGACUUCGUUGAACUACUUGUUCAUAAUUUAGAUGAGUCUUCGAAAUUGACGAUUGCAGAGACUGUGUCGUUUGACGCAAUAACCAAAGCAUUUAUGAAUAAAGUCACUCCUAGUAAUUCUAACACAUUAAUCACUCAAAUAUUAAAGAAACAGAGUGAAUCACAAAACCCUAACCAAGAAUUAGCAUUUUUGCGCCAUUACAUUUGUGAAAGGUUUCAAAACCGAGAUUUGGUAUUAUUCUGUAGUCAGUUACUAGCAAAUAUACAUGCAAGGCCAUCAUAGACUUUAUGUAAGUAUACUCUCAAAUGAUGGAUUUUCUUUUAAGAUUUGUCAGUCACUUCACAACCAUAAUCUAGCAUGACAAAAUUGUUACUGUCUCUCAUGAGACAUUGAGUUUAUGUAACAGAUAUAAAAUGUAUUCCACUUGGCUGAUUGGUAAACUAAUAUCAUUAUUAUACUACAUUAAAAAAUUGUUGGCUGCUUUCUUUAACAAGCAUGCCAUUGAGAUGAUCGAAAGUUUCUUGAAGGAGUACUACUUUUUGUAGAUUUUUAUUUACCCACCAUUUGUAAGAAAAAUAUUUUGAUGGAAACUGACCGACAGUUCGUUUCAUAUCACAUUGUGACGUAGUUUUUAACGAGUGUUGAAAUCUUGUGAUUCUAAAGUGUUGUUACACACAAUUAGAACAUUCAGAUGAUGAAAUAGAAAAUAUUAUUUUAAAAUAUAAGUUUCCAUUAAUGUACCUAUCAUAAUAUUUUAAAUUAAUUUCAUAGUUGUAAACAUGCAUUUAUAAUACUUUUAUCUUAUGAAGACGUGGGAGUAUUUUUGUGUAAACAUGAAGUCAGUUAUAUUCUCGGACAUUUGGGCGAUAAUAUUUGUAUAGAGUUCCCUCGAGUUAUAAUCGUCUAAAAUGGUUUAGAUGUCGCAGGCAGUUUGUAGAUUCAGCUGUAUUACAUACAUUUUUUAGUAACAAAUUUAAUUAAGGAAAAUUGUGCGUACCAUAGGUACUAAUCAUUAGUGUUGCACCGAAUGUAGGUCUUGCCGAAUGUCGAAUUCGGCCGAAUUUCGGCUUUUAGAAUUUCCGUUACGCACCAAAUGUUUAAAAAAUAAUAAUAAAUAAAAAUAUUGUUUUGUUGCAAUUAAAAAAAAUAAUACUAAGAAGAAAGCAUGUUAUGUAAUCUAGCUGAUAGAUAAAUAUUACAAUUGAUAAUUUUUUUUGAGCAUAUUUUAGACACUUAUUUUGUUCUUGUCUAGGAAAAUAAAAAAAAAACACGAAGGAACAUCCACGUUUUUCUAACAAAUAGGCUACUUGUCACUUUUUGGAAAUAUGUUUUAAAUGGUUAAUAAUUUUAUUGUUCUAUUAGACCGAAAAAAUUAUAUUUUUUUUAUCUAGAAAGCUACAAAACUAAUUUUAAAAUAGAUUUUUCAUGGACAUACAAAAACGCUGUCGGCCAUUUUAGUCUAUAGAUUAUCUAUGCUAUGACGUCAACAAAAUCGUAAACAAACAUUCGGAAGCACGUAGGAAAUAACCGAAAUCUAAAUUUUUAUUAUAAAACCAUGAUUUCUAAUAGAUUUCAUGAUAAAUAUAAUAAUUAUCAUGUACGAGAAUGUAGAAACACACCGUUAAACAUUCCAGAAAUGUUGUGGUUUAAAUUGUCUAGAGAAAUACACAUACCUACACAUGAACACAGUCAUGUUUAAAACUUGCUAAAUCUUGUAAUUUUACCGUCUGAAACUCAUUUUUUUUAGCAAUGUUCACUUUAAUGUGAGUACUCAUUGAAUAAUAUUUAAAGUUUAAAAAUACAAUUUUUAAUGUUACGAAUGUACCUACUAAGUUAAAGAGUUUUGUCGUUUCUGCUUUGACAAAUCCGGCGUCUAGCAUUAAUUUAGUCAACAAAACCAAUAAACGGAAGUUUUUCUACAAGAUUUAAGAGUUUUUAGAUAUAUUUUAGUCCGACGAAAGACACUACAAUAACACGACAAUGACGUUUAGUUGUUUACUAACACAUUUCAAUUUGUUGACGUCACAAUCAUGGUGGACAGCGUUUUAAGUGUUUAAAAAGCAUACACUAAAAAACCAUUUUUCAAAUCAAAUUACUACAGCCAUCUUCUAAUUUUAUGAAGUGAAAUCGAUGGUUUUAGGUUCCUCAUAACAAACAUUAUAAGAAAUAAACAUUUGUAUAGUGCAAAUUGACAUGAGUCAACUAGCCUAUUAUCAUUUGGUCUAGAUUUCCUUUUACACAUAAAUUUCUUUUCACUUUUCUAUUUUUUAUUUAAAUUAAUAUAAUCUACCGAAUUCCGGCCGCCAUUCGGCAAACCGUGCCCAAAUUUGGCCGCAGACGAAGUUCGGUAAAAGCUGCCAAACUUCAGUAAUACCGAAUGUGAAACGAAUUUCGGUGCAUCUCCACUAAUAAAUAAGUAAUGCUAUUUAGCAAAUAAAAAAAUAUCUUUAUUUGACGCCCUUGAUAUGUUUGCGACAUGUAGCGCAGUGAGUGUUAAAAAUUGGUACUAAAAAUGGCACCCCAAGUUUAGCCCUAUUCAAUAACGUGAAACGUUCUUUACAAUGCGGCCAACUUAAAUUUAGCCGUAAUACAAUCCAGCUAGCCGGCAUGUAAACUGGCUAAGUCUAUAAACCGCCUGCGACAUAGACACCAACUUCUUUAUUUUGUGUUUUGCCUGAGCCGAUAUUUGUGUGUAUAUGACAUAAUUAUAACUUAACCUAAUAACUAGAGCGUCUCCCUAAGAUAAAAGUGUUAAAAACCAGUAUCGUAAUUUAGUUAUAGUGUUACAAGUUUACCUGAUCUGUUUAAAGUUAUGAAGGGAUUUUCCGUUAGUGUGUUAUGUUAUUAUUAAAUAAAAAGGAUUGAACAGACAAUAAAGCAAAUCAAUCUUAUCAAAACUAAUUUUAUUAAUAUAAAACAAAUUAUUUACAAUAUUCAGUCAUGAUGUUUGUAAACGUGUUUACCACAAGAACAUCAUUCAUAAAACCUACAUCUGAAUCAUCAGCCUAUUCGAAACAAUAAUGUUCUAAUUAUCAUAAAUAAUCUUUCGAAUGUACAGCAAAUUGUAAAUUGAAGUUUAAAAGUAUUUUGUGUCAAACUGAAUGAUUCGAAGAAAUUAUAUAGAUGGGGAUAUAAAGUAUACAUGGCAUCGAGACAUAGGUAUCACAAAUUUUUAUUUACAGAUUUAAACAGGUAACAUUAAAGCUUCUCUUACAAAACCAAUGAAGACUUAUUUGCCCAUUGUUUUACACACUUAUAUGUACACAUUCAUUAAAAGUUACCCCGUAACUACCCCAGAUUUUAUAAUAUCACACAAAUUCAUUAAGAAACUAAACAUAAGACACAAAAUUGUCUGAACAAUGUAAUGUAUAACCUUUAAAAAUAGACACUGACUGAUUGAUACUUUAGUUGAUAACUUAUCAAUGAUAAGUAUUAUUACUUGUAGGAACUAGUAAUAUUUUAAUAAAUUAUUUUAAACAUAUUUUGUUUCACUCACAUUUCACUGUUAUUCACAAUAUUGGGAUGUAUAUUGUGUAAAAUGGUUUAGAUCCGGACGAAUCUUAUUAUAAAAUAAUAAAUGAAAAUAGAAAAAUACUGCAUUAUUAACAGCGAUAAAUAAAAUUUUUUAGGCGACAGAAUUUACAAUUGUACAUGUAUAUUUUCUGCUUGAUUCAGGACUUUUAAUUAUUAAAUGAUAAUUCACAAAGUAUAUAAUAUUAAUUCACACAUAUAAUAUCACUACGGCAUUCUCUCGCUAAAGUUAUAUCUUAAAUUAAUACCUUCUAACUUAAAUGUACACAAAUGAAAGGUAAAAAUUCAAUAUUUUCUAAAUACAACUUAAAAUAAUACAUUGAAUUUACGAUAGUAGCAGGUAAAUACUUUGGUCCACAAUUUGAGCACUUUUAAUUAUACUGAGUUUACCGUUUCUAUAGGCAACACUUACAAGUUAACCGUUUGGUGAAUGUCAAGGGAAACGCAUUUCGGCUACGUAGUCUAAAUGUUCGAGAUUCUGAUGAGAAUUUGAGCGUCUAGGAGCACGUGGUCUAUGUAUAUUGUGGUGUGAGUGAGCUCUCAUCACUCUAUAGGUGCCUUCGCGUCGAGGUCCAUCGUCGCUAGUUUUACGCGCCGAAGCAACCCAGUCAUCGUCUCUAGACCUAGGCAUAGGUGGCGCUUUCCUAUAAUUUUCAAAUACUCUCCUAUUGUCUUCGUAGCGUUGCCGUUGCCAUGUCCUGUCUAACUCGUGACCGUACAUAUCUAGUUCUCCAGAUGGCUGAAACUGACUCGCACUCUGGCAGUAGCUUGAUCUCUUCCAACCGUCCUCGUAUUUUGUACGUCCACUCUCAUUGUCCAGUUGUCGCCGCUGCGAUUGGUUCGAACUACUCUCACUCGUGUCUUCCCCGGAUGUGCCGAUACCAAGGUCUUUAUCAUCACCAUAGAUUUUGUAGACUCCAUUGGGGUUUAAAGUUUUUCCAUUAAAUAUCUGAUCGUUAAGAACCAGUUGCGGAUGUGGCAGGCAGUAAGGGUGAGGGUAACAUUUCUCUAUCUUUGACAUUUUUAUGUCUUCUUGUUUUCUGGUGCACGACCCAGGCCCAAACAAAGAUAGCAGAACAGGAAGUAAGAACAGACCGUGCAUCGCUCCAAAGAAUAUAACCAUGAAUACCAUUUUGAAGAAAACUGAAAAUAUGUAACUGUCAGCCAGAAGCAAGGCUACUACGCCAAGAAUGGUACUGAAUGAUCCUUGAACAAUGGGCAACCCCAAUGAAAACAGACAUUCACUAACUCUAGCAUCUGGUGACUUCGCUUUGGAUGCCAUGUAUGCGUAACAAAUGUGGGCGGUGAAGUCGACAGAAAAACCGAUACACAUUAUAAGAUUUAUCAUGGAUAUGGAGUCUAAAUUUAUAUCCCAUAAAGCCAUGUAUCCAACUACUCCGAUUUCUAUAGAAAUAAUACUAAACGCAACCCAUAGUGAGCAGAGAAUGUUGGGAAUGAAUAUGAAUGAUGUGAUCAUCAUCAUUAACGCGCCGUAAGAGAGGUUCUGGAUUGAAGUUGGCCGGACCAGCUCGAACUGAAAGGAAAAACGGUUAUUAGUGCAACAAAAUUUAAGAAAACAGAGGGAGAAUUUGUAAUGAAUGAUAAUAAGGAGACGAGUUCUUACAUACCUGAUCGAAGAAAACGAAGUAUGGAUGAAACACAGACGCGUUUAAAGGCGACUGAGCUACUACAUCUCUUAACACUUUGACCAUUUCCUUUUCGUGAUUAGUGCCGCUGAUAUUGAUGGCUUGUAUCAGGAAUCUGGAAGCGAUUAUGCGGUCUCCGGCUUCGUUGAACUUGACAUCCAAAGAGAAUGGAUUUGCGGGAAAUAGCCAUAA